UGACAACUCCUCACGUCGGCCGAAUUUUAGGAGAAAAGAGAGACCGAGCCGAGGAUUAACGCUGCUAUGAAAUCUGAACUCCUUCCCCUGCUUUUCCCUCUCUUAUGAUCGGCGCCUCCUAAAAGCAAAACUGCUCUUUGAACUUCUUGUUUUCUUUGCCAUGGAGUUGGAAUCCUACUACGAAAUUUCCCGCACCGCCGACUUCAUUCACUCCCGGAACUUCACCAGAGUUGCAUUGCAGGUUAAAUUCCCAAAUACUGGAGGACGAAACUAUUCUCACUUCUUUCUCUGCUCCUUAUUGACCAACGACAGAAAGUUCUCCUGUGUUCUUCGAAAUCUUCUGUUCCCUGAUGAGCUCUUGAAGGAUUCAACUAGAGUGGUGAGGGCUUUAAAGGAUAGGCUUCGUGUGCUUCAUGAAUCUGAUACAAAUCAUAGUGACAUUGAAAAUGAGGUUAGGUUGUUCAUAAUGGCUGAUACAACUUAUGGUAGUUGUUGUGUUGAUGAGGUUGGAGCAGCUCACGCUAAUGCUGAUUGUGUUAUACACUAUGGACAUACCUGUCUGAGCCCGACAACAACACUUCCAGCACUUUUUGUUUUUGGAAAGGAUUCAAUCGAUGUAUCCACUUGUGCCAAAACUUUAUCUCAGUACAGUUUGUCCAAUGGAAAGCCUGUUUUGGUUCUUUUUGGGUUGGAAUAUGCACAUUCAAUGUUUGAUAUUAGACAAACACUAUUAGAUUCAUUCCAGACAAGCAGUUUGGGGCCAGAAUUGGAAGUUCAUUUUGCAGAUGUUAAAUGUUCAAGUUUGGAUCCAUCCUCGCAUCAUGAAAAUGUUGUCAAAGGUGGGGAACAAGUUGCCAAUGAUGAAAGUGGGAGUUCUGAGAACAUAGCUGGAGCUAGACAUCACAUUGGAGGCUUGUUUUGGGAGUUACCUAGAGAGCGAAGAAUGGAGGAUUGCUCACUUUUCUGGAUAGGUUCUGAAAAUUCAGCCUUUGCGAAUGUGGUUCUAACAUUCAAUGGAUGUGAGAUAGUCCGAUAUGAUGCAAAAGAAAGUUGCUUAGUUACUGAUGUAUCUAAGCAGAGAAGGAUCCUCAAGCGCAGAUAUUACUUGGUGGAGAAGGCAAAGGAUGCUGGCAUUGUUGGAAUUUUGGUUGGUACUCUUGGUUUAGCUGGCUACCUUCAUAUCAUUCAUCAGAUGAAAGAGCUGAUCACUGGAGCAGGGAAGAAGGCUUAUACACUUGUUAUGGGAAAACCCAAUCCUGCAAAACUUGCCAACUUCCCGGAGUGUGGUGUAUUCAUAUAUGUUUCUUGUGCCCAAACUGCACUUAUGGAUAGCAAAGAGUAUCUUGCUCCAGUUAUUACUCCAUUUGAAGCCACACUAGCUUUCAGCAGAGGAAGUCGAUGGACGGGAGCGUACAUCAUGGAAUUUCAAGAUUUGGUUGAUUUCUCAACCCCUAAAGAAGGAAACCAAUCAGAUGAAGCACGGUAUUCUUUCUUGCAAGGUGGAUAUGUUGAAGAUUGGAAUUCCCAAGAAAAUACCGAGGAAGAAAAUGGAGCUCGUGCUCUAGUAAGUGCAACAGAAAAGUCCCUCCAGUUGCGCGAUAAUCGGAACUCGCUUAUUGAAGGAACUGCCAGAUCUGGAGCAGAAUUUUUUGCAGCUCGUUCCUUUCAAGGGUUAGAUAUUAACAAUGGCAGUUCUGAGCCAGAGCCAUAUGUGAUAGGGAGGAGUGGCAAGGCGUCGGGGUACCAAGAUGAGAAAAACAGGUAAGAAGAAAACUGUUGAAGAUGGAAAGUGAAUUGAAGCAAGUUUGUAGGUCAGGCAGUUGCUUGGGAAAAAGAGGUUGCUUGUCCAAUUCUACAAAGAGAUUUUGUUAAACUAGGUUUGUCUGGAAGAGUGUUUUGAAGGUGGUCUGAUAUAGUUUUUAAAAAACUGUGAAAUAUGAAUGAUAGACGUUAAUAUUAUUAUGCACAAUGAAAGUAUUAUUUAGAAGGUAGUAUAGUUUUAUUUAUUUCAUAGGACAAGUGAUUCAUGCAAUCAUAAUGUAUAAUAAUAAAUUUUUGGUUUAAAUUCUAUGAUUGGUCUUUAGAA